AUGUAUCCUAACAUCUUGUAUGCGCUUAUGUCGGCGGCGCUCAUCGUGCUAAGUAUGGUGCAUCUCAUCUUGCUUACCGUUCACCGCCCCCAGCCUCACCGUUUGCCUGAGAUAUCAAUCUUCGUUCUCUUUAUCUGCGUCAAUGCUGUUGUCAUUGGCAUUGGUCUAUCAGGCUUAAGACGCGGGGAGCGGACCACUUACGAACGCCCUGCUGCAUCGUUAUUUCUAGGAUAUGGUUUUCUGUCCCCCGCGGUAAAGUUCGGUUUGAUCUUAUGCUCGGUCGCCUACGAGGAGUUGGUGAAAGGUAUAGCUGUGGUCGUAUCUAUCGACUACACGGUACUUGCCGGCCUGCUUUUAUGGCGCGGAAUUCGCGGUAUACCAUCUCAGGGGUCGAUAAUCUGUGAGGUUGCAAUCCAUGCAAUUCUCGUUAUCGUAACGGCAGGGUUUGCCGCAGGUGGACUCGUCCACGAUUGGCCCCUCUGGAUCGAAGCGAUGUUGAUUAUCACUAUUAGUGCCUAUAUGGCUCGAAAUAUUUCCACUCAUUCUGGCGAACCGGGGAACACUGUGCCGUUAGCGAACUUCACAGACAACACAUCCGAUUUAGGCCAGCUCAGCCCCCACCAAGAAAGUCGUUCUGCUCGCCUCCCUUUCAUGACCGAGGAAAGCUAUACACGACUAGACGAGGUUCGGACGGCUCGCCCUGAAUCAGCACAUCUGAAAAUUAGGGCGGUGGCCUCAAUUUACUAUCCGGACCGGCCGAUCCUGGAGACGGGUAUCUUUACUGUAUUAUGCGAGGGGUCUGAGGGGUCUGAGGGGGACUAUCGGCGGGACCUGCGAUAUGAUGAAUUGACUGCUUGUAGCGACGGGGAAGCUGCGAUUCAAUCGUACCGGCUAGGUUCACCAUCGCUCGGUGUGUUUUUAUUUGACUUUUCCCUGGCCACGUUGAAUAGUUUUAGCUAUUUCCGUCUAAAUAAAAUACCCAUACUGAGAAGCUUGUCGUGCGGCUGGAUGCUUCUACUUCACAAAACAGGCGAACCUUUGAGUACACAAACAGUUACUUUAGGCACGGCAGCAAGCAAAGUGAUUCUGGUUUUGAGAGAGAUGGACAAAGAUUUGACCUCGGACCCGAAAAUACGGAAAAGAGCAAGCACCCGGGCGAUGCGAGAAAAUGCAGAACCCAACAAAAGAACCGACAGAUCUCAGGAUCAAGAUGACGACCAAAUCACGGCCCAUGAUCUAUUGAACAAAAUACGGGGAAAAAGCCAAACCAGGCAAGGAUAUGUUCGAAAAGCAGUUCGACGACGUCUGAGACUCUUCUGCUGCAGAUGUGAGGAGGAUGUUAGCGGUGGGGGGGAAUGUCGACAAUGUGGCCAUACAUCGUGUCCGGAAUGUUUGCACGAAAGGACACUGCGUAGGGAAAGAUCUGUUGACCGAUCACACGAACCGAACCAAGCGAAUAGACGUCAUGAUGCUCAGACAAACAACCAAACAAGCGCAGUCCCGGCGACCCAUCUUAGCCAAGCUAUCGAGAUCGAUGAGGACCCGGAAACAGAAACAGCAUCUGUGCUCUAUAUGUUGCCUUAUCCUGAACUGGCGCUGAAACUGGAAAGAAAGAGAGAAAAACGGGAGACCUGGGUUAAUCGAGCCAUCAAGUGCUGCUACUGCGAAGGAACUGGCUCGGCGGUCAACAAAUGCGCAUGUGGGCAUGACUCCGGCUGGGCGAAGCGAAGAAUAUCUGCUCUUAACAUUCCAAAGGAGCCCAAUUCCCUGGGCGCGAGACAGUCAACCACAUGUUCAACCCGCCAACGAAGAUACCAUGAUAGAAAUUUCACUGGUUGUUCGACCUGCAAAGCAAGGCAUGUCAAAUGUGAUGAAGCAGCACCUGCCUGUCGCAGCUGCAUAAAAAGGGGUUUGCACUGCGAUGGUGCCCAGAAUGAAAUACUCUACAAAUUCGUUGACCCCAGCCAGGGGGCGUCCAGUUUUGUAAAGAGACAGCAUAAAGGUUUUAGAAGGGAAACGGCCAAAAACCACGGUGUCUCCAGCUCACACCCAUUGCCAUAUAAGGACCCAACUUCCUCCUGUCUACGUUCCGUGGAUUUACAAAGUGGGAUCCACGCUUCGACGGAAUCUCUUGCCAUGGACAAUCCCACCAUUGGUGUCAGUCCCAGCGAUGGCCCGUACUUGAUUGACAAAGCUGAUCGCUACUAUCCGGAUAUCCGUGGUGAUGUAUGUCACGGCGAUGAAGACGAAGAUGUACCCUUGGCUUUCAUAGUUUUCAUCUCAGAGCCUGUACUUCAAGAGCGGCUGGAGUAUCUGAAGACUCAUACUUUUUGUCUAAGAAAUAUCCUUCGCGCAUUCUCCGAGAAUAGAGUUGACGGACCUCUGGCAUUACCAUACGCGCUCUGUCUGAUAAAAAUUCUUCGACAACAGGCAGGGGAACCAUUGUCUGUGAAGAGAUUGGAGGAUACCAUCCACUUGCUCUCCACACAAUUGAGAGGGCUGAUGUCAACACAUCUGUUAUAUACCCAUCGAGAUCGCAUAAGUCGUGUAUCACUUCUAUUUCAACGACCGGUGUUCUACGAGCGUUCACAGCUGCCGGGAGAUCUCUGGCAACUGAGCACUGUUUCGGGUUUCAGCCUGGAUGGCCUAACUGUGACAUUGCUCCUUAGUAAUUAUCACACUUUCAAAGUGCCUGAUGAGAUUUGGAAUGGGUCCAACUCCUUGGCUUCGGGUAUUGCUGAUGCGGCCGUGAUGUUUGGCGUUGGUUAA